UUAUAUUUGCCUGUUGGAUGUUGCUCAGUCCGUGCCCGACAGUCUACUCUCGCUCACAGCCCAGGGCAUACCAUCGCCACUCUUGAACACAAAACUUUUUCUUUUCUUUUUUUUUUUAAUCACGCCAAGUUUUUUUUUUCUUUUAACUUCGACAUGUCGAAACCAACACCAAGAUCUUUGGAGGAGAGAAGGAGGAGCAGUAUCAGUUUCCCCCAAGAGAAAAAGAGGUACAUGAUCAGCACUGAGAAAAGUGGAGACCUCAUCGUACAUGUACAGGGUGACAUCACCCAACAAGACAAAAGAGCUGCAUUUUUGUGCGUCCACGACCUCGGAUGUAACCAUUACUCUUUCGAUGAGUUCAUAAACAAGCCGUGUAUGUCAGAGAUCAAAGAUCGAUCCAUAUUCAUACUUGUCGACGUGCCAGGCCAUGAAGAAAACGCUGAAACAUUGCCAGAGUCUUCAUUUCCAUCUCUUCAAACUUUGGGAGAAGAUUUGGUGACCGUUUUGGAUUUCCUUCAUGUAAAAUAUGUCGUUGGACUCGGCGAAGGAGCUGGUGCAAAUGUCUUGGCAAGAUUUGGCCUCGCUCAUCCGUCGAGAGUCAUUGGGUUGAUUUUAAUCAACUGCACAGGAUCAGUGACAUCCGUCAAAGAGGUGUUUAAAGCCAAGUUGGUGAACUGGAAAGGGAAAGAAGGAUCCGUAAGCCAAUCUGCUGAGGACUAUCUUGUAUUCCACAAAUUCGGUCAUCAGUUUAUUAAAGAUUCAAAUGAAGACAAAGACAGGACAAUUGAAGACUUCCUGCAGAAGUUGAAGGGUUCUAUUAACCUGCAGAAUGUUAAGAUGUACGUCAAUGCAUUUCUGAACCGCACCGAUUUACCUCUCAAGCAGUACAAAAGUGACAUCCUUCUCAUCACCGGAAUGAAUGGGUCAUUUGCCAAUGUCGUUGAAAAGCUUCACAGAGAUUUGGACAAAAAACAAGCGACCCUUCUUAAAAUCGAUAAAGCUGGCGACGUUCUCUCUGAAACACCAGCCAAAGUCGCAAGAAGUCUUCUUCUUUUCUGCAAGGGUCUAGGUUGGCUCACUUCUGUCACUCUUCCAGGAGUUGAAAGGCAAAGGGCAUUUUCAGGAUGCACUUUUGACGGAGAAAACAAGAAGAAAUUCUCAAGGGGGAUGAGCAUGGAUGAUUAUGAUAAACCGAAUCUCAGGAGGUUUUCAUUGACGUCUGGAGAUGGUGGAAAACAACAUUAAUUUAUAGUUGCCUAUUUUACUGCUUUUGCACUUUUACAUUUAUGAUUCACAUUAUAAAAAUAAUAGU